CUCGAUAAAAUCACAAACAUUCCGUUUGUGUUUCCAGUCUGAGAAGACGUGUGCGCUUCAUUGUAUUUUUUACAUAUAUUUUUUGUUUUCAAUCACACAUUAUUUUUGAAAAAGGAAUAUAAGCAAUUAUCAAAAUAAAAAUCCAUGGCAUCGUUACAUUUUGUAAUCCCCAGCCAUACGUCGAUAAAAGAAAAGGUCAGCGAUGAGGGACAAAAACAAAUUGUGCUACGAUCAUCACUGAAACGGAAGUCGGGUUCUUCAAUAUCAAGCGGUAUACUUUAUGCAGGCUCUGAUUCUUCCGAAUCAUCACAACAGCGGCGCGCUCAUUUCGAUCAACGCAACAUUGAUAUGACGUAUAAACCGGUGUUGAAGGACUACGGUUAUAUACAGAUCAAACAAUCGGCCACACCAUUUCCGCGACGAUCAUCGGGCACGCGUCUGAGUCUUACGGAUAAUCGAAAGAGCAGCAGACAAUAUCAUGAAGAAAUGAAAAACCUCAUUGACCCAAUAUUGCCACGGGAUUUUAGCACAUUAUCAUUGAAACCCGGUGAGGUGCCUAUGGAUUUUGUAACCAAACGUAAGAUAUUCUGUAAGGGUGAAUUCACUAUAACACGGCAACGUAAAUCGAUGCAAGUCCAUCCGCCACUUACAAAUCUCGAUGAGACAGGCAGCAUCCGGUCCAGCCCCUCAAAUCUCAAUCUAACGCAGUUCUUCCGCAAACAUUAUCAGCAACGAGAUGGUCCCAUUUAUUUCGAUUGACUACAGUUUUCCGCCUUUGCAUGUGGAGUGUAUGUUUUUAAGUGUAUUUGCAUGGAAAUUACGCGAUCUUUAUUCUUGAAUGAUUCUUAUCAAAUUGAUUUAAAUUCUAUGUGAAUUAUGCUCAAGCAUACAAAUGGCUAUUUUCCAAAUGUUACCACAUAAGUUUUCACAUGAGUACGAGAAAUGUACAAAGUUUGUACGAUUUCCUUCACUAAUGCAGUUCGGCUUAUUGAAAUAUAUACGAUGCUCUAAUCCUA